UUUUCUAAUUUCCCCUUCCCGUUUAGCCCUGUCUCUCUCCCAAAGCAGAAACCCAAACCCAGAAAAAUGUCUCAACCUCCCUCGCCUCGUCAGUACCAUCAUCACUGGUGAACAACGCCGAAGUGUCCGACGUGUACAGCGGCGCCAUCUCGCUAUCGUGACCCAUUUCCCAGCGGCAUUGACGAGGAAACCCAAACACAUUCAAAUUUCUCAAGAUUUCUCGCCUCGUCAGGACCAUCACCACUCGCCAGUGAACAACAUUGAACUCUUCGACGUGUACACGGCCUAGAAUCUCCUCCGUCGUGACCCAUUUCCCAGCGGUGCCGAUGAGCAACAACACCAACGUCACCCAUUUCCCCAUUUCGCCAUGGACGAUCUCCUCCGACCCAAUGCGGUGCUUCCCUCCUUCACUCAGCUCAGCUCAGCCUGUAAUAUGUCUUUUGCCACUACUUAUGAGUCCACUUCUAGUGGCCAUAUGUGUGAUAUGGAUCGGUGUGUGGAAAGGACCUCCCUAUCUAUCCGUAAUUUCGGUAGGAGGUUCUAUGGAUGUUAGCAGUGGUUGCCGGUUAGUAUUACAUGAUUUUAUUGUCGUUACAUAUUUGACUUGUCAUAUUCUUACUGUCUUUGCUAACCAUCUUUUAUAUGCCUUCAAUGUUGUAUGCAGGACUCCGAUCAGGCAUGUAAAUUUUUCAAAUGGUUGGACAAGAACAUGUCCACGUGGCUGUGCAACAACACCACUUGUCCAUGAAAGGUUUACCCGAUAUAAGGCCGAGGCCAUAGCUGCAAGAAAUGAAAGGAAUGAGGCUCAUGCAAGGGAAGCAAAAGCACGGGAGCUCCUAAGGAUAGCAAAGCGCAAGGCUAAAAAAACAAAGCUCGCACUCCGGACUGCUGAAGACAAGGUCUACAAGUAUAGGCUAGCUUUAUUUUUUUCUUGGACUAUGGUUGGCAUUUAUUUUGUAUUCUUUACUGCUUUUGGGGGCCAUGGCCAUACACGACUGUGUCUGCCAUGACCCAUAGACAAUCACGUGUGUAAUGUAAAUAUAUUUCAUAUUUAAGCUUUUUCUAUUUUGUUGGAUCAUCUUUUUCUUUUCUUUUUUCAAAUAAGAGUUUGAUCAGCUAUGUAGUUGUUGUGAUCCAAAA